UUUCCUAAUAGCAUUACGCCUUUUGUUUAAAAUUGUGAUCAUAACCACAAAAUGCGCAUGGACGUGGAGUUAACGCGUUGUGCAUCAAGGCUGUUUUUCAGGCAAUUUAGUAAAAAAAUUAGACAAGCUAAGGGUACGACAGAGACCACAAACAUACCAGUAUUUGAAUACCCGGUUGCUAAAGAGAGGGACAGAAGAGUAUAUGCUUGGGGACUUGCUGAAACUGGCGCUUUAGGUAUCAGUGAGCCAAAAACAACAAGGAAGUCAUUGUCUUCUGUGGUUACUCAUCCAACUAGAAUUAGUUUUGCUGAAAAAUAUGAUAUCACAGAUAUAGCUUGCGGCUAUGGCUUUACAUUAUUUGCUGUUAAAUCUAAGACGGUUAAAGUAUUUGGAACUGGCAUUAAUACAGAUUCUCAAAUCGGAUUGCAAACUCAAAGGAAAGAUGGUAUUUUGGAAUUCUUAACCUACCCUGCUCCAAUCUCAUUGCCUUUACUUGAGCCAGAAGUUACGAAUGUGAUCAGUAUCAAAAGUGGCCGUGCUCACAGUAUUAUUCUUACUGAUAGAGAGGGAGCUUUUACUAUAGGAAAUAAUUCUUAUGGCCAAUGUGGUCGCCCUAUUGAUAAAAUUGAGUUAUAUACUGAAAGUAAAGUAUUGCCUUUUUCAAUUCCAAAGGUUGGAAAUGAAGAUAUAGUAUCUAUUCAAUGUGGUCAAGAUCAUAGUAUAUUUAUUAACAAAUGUGGACAAGUGUUUGCUUGUGGCUGGGGAGCAGAUGGUCAGACUGGUUUGGGACAUUACCGGAAUGAAUAUGUUCCUACUCAACUUCUGGGAGAUAUUGCAUCAGAACAUAUUAUUAAAACUGCUGGUACAGCUGACUGCGUUCUGGCUCUGAAUGAUAAAGGUGAUGUUUUUGGAUGGGGAAAUAGUGAAUAUGGGCAAUUAUGCCAGGGAAAUGAAGUACAACAAGUAAAUACUCCUCGGCAUUUACCAUUCUGCCGAAAACUAGGUAAAAUUGUUGACAUUGCAGCAGGAGGAUCAAUGUGUGGUGUAGUUACUGAACAAGGAGAUGUGUUCGUAUGGGGCUUUGGAAUAUUGGGAAAAGGUCCUGAAGUUGAACAUUCUUUUAUUCCAACGCAAAUACCAACUACUGUAUUUGGUAAAAAUGAUUAUAGUCCUAAUGUCUUUGUCACAAGUAUAAACUGUGGUCUAAGCCAUUUUGCAGCUGUGACAAACCAAGGAGAUGUAUAUACUUGGGGUAGAAACAGACAUGCCUGCUUAGGAUUAGGGCAUUACAAUAACCAAUACUUUCCAUUCAAGGUGGCUAUUGGUGCACGAGUUUUAAAAGUUAGUUGUGGCAUAGAUCAUAAUGUAGUUUUAUGUAAACCACAUAUUUAGUUUUAUUAUAUAUACUGUGUAAUGAAUUAUAAAUUUUAAA